UCAGAUUACUCUGGUUGGAAGAAGCUGGUCGCAGUUAAAUCCAUUACAAUGGGUCGAACAGAAGAGGAACUGGAGAAACUUCGCGCGCGCAAAAAUUGUGAAGUCGAUCGGAGGCUCACAGCAUCCCCUUCCUGCAGUGGCAUCUGUAUUCGAAAACAGUUGCGACACAGGCUUAGUAUCCUCAAUUGGAUAACAGUGUACGAUAAGGAAGAUCUGGUAUCUGACUUUAUCGCUGGUGUCACGUUGGGCCUAACUAUUAUACCACAGAGUAUUGCCUAUGCGGCAAUCGCUGGCCUACCGUCCCAGUACGGCUUGUAUGCAGCAUUUAUGGGCGCCUUACUGUACGUGAUCUUCGGAACGGUGAAGGAAGUCUCUAUCGGACCGACCAGUUUGAUGGCUAUUCUCUCUGUGCAGUACACAAUGGACAAACCAAUUCAGUACAUGAUCGUGCUAGCAUUCCUUGCCGGUAUCGUAGAGCUGCUAAUGGGCGUGCUUAAGCUAGGUUUCCUGGUUAGUUUCAUUCCAAUUCCGGUCACUUCGGCAUUUACUUCCGCCACCUCGCUGAUCAUCGUCGGAACGCAGCUUAAGCAUCUGCUCGGGAUUCCUUCGAAUGCCAGGGGUUUCUUUCAAACCGUAUACAGCUUGAGCGGAAAGUUGACUGAAUUUAGCGCUGGUGAUCUUAUGCUUGGAACAGGCGCUAUCCUGUUCCUAUUGUCGCUUCGACAAAUAACACAAAUUCCAAUUAGGGAUGACACUAGACGGGGAAAGUUUCUGAAAAAGUUACUAUGGUACAUUAGCCUGGCACGAAAUGCAUUGAUUGUACUGAUCUCCUCAGCAUUAGCGUACAAAUGGAGCAGUUCCGGUGAGAAUGUUCCGUUCAAGCUUUCCGGGCAUGUCGAACCGGGAAUUCCAGGUUUCGAGCUACCAAUCUACAAUGUUGAUACAGGCAACAAAACCAUAUCGUAUUUCGAAGUUGUGAAAGAUCUCGGAAGUGGUAUUAUUUUGGUGCCUCUGGUUGCAGUUCUAGCAAAUGUAUCCAUCGCAAAAGCUUUCACUGCGGGAAAAAUUGUGGACGCAUCGCAGGAAAUGAUUGCACUGGGACUCUGCAACAUCGUUGGAUCGUGUUUCAGCUCGAUGCCAACCUGUGGCGCAUUCACCCGCUCAGCCGUGAGUCACUCCAGCGGCGUUCGAACACCAUUGGCGGGACUCUACUCUGCCAUCCUGGUCAUUUUGGCGUUGAGCCUACUGACGCCGUAUUUUUAUUUCAUCCCCAAGACAACACUGGCAGCGGUUUUAAUAUGUUCUGUUAUUUUCAUGAUCGACUUCAAGAUCGUGGACAGCCUGCGGAAAUCUUCGACAAUUGAUACCCUCUCCUGGUUCGGUUGUUUCAGUGUGAGUCUAAUUGCAGGCGUCGAGCUAGGAUUACUGUUCGGUAUUCUGAUAAGCAUUGUAGGUCUGCUGAAGGUUUAUGUGCGCCCCGUUAUUCAGCAGACUUCGGUGGAGCAGCGUGGAUUCCGGUAUAUAAAACUUGCUCCCGAAAUGGGUCUGUUUUUCCCGGCGGUUGAUUUUCUGAGAACGAAUGUCAUAAAAGUAGCCACAGAACAGCAGGUUCCUGUGGUGAUCGAUUGCACGGCCGUAAUCGGCUUGGAUCACACUUCGGUCAAAGGGCUCAAGGAACUGGCACGCGAAUUGGAUCAGGUAAAGCAGAAACUCAUACUGCUUAAUCUCAAACCGGAGUUGAAAAAGUUGCUGAAGGCGGCUGACAGUGCGUUCAACUUUUGGGAAGAUGAAGGAUGUUCAAGUGCAAUCCAAUCUGUCGCGGAAAAUACAGUAUGAAUCGUAUUGGUUGUGGUGAGGUCGAUCUGUUUUGCUAUCGAAAAAACAUGCGUUGGUAGUUGUGCUGUUAUUUAAAUUAUAAUAUUCGUAUUAAAAUAGAAUUUUCAAGUUAUUAAAAGUUGUGAAGGCGGUCUAUGCCUUUGCUCAUCUUUCUGAUGAGUCACCUUUAAA